GCCACUUCAAAAACCUAUCUAGCCAUUUUUUGGACACAGUUUGGCUACUUAGGUUACAGCCGAGAUGGCAACAGCUGCUCAGUGCUGCGGGAAGUAUUUCGCGGAUGAAGUAGCACGGCGGAUUCUGUACAUUUGAUCGUCGGCCGUCGUUCACCGCGCGCACGGCACGGCGCGACUCCGCCGCGAACUUAGCAUGCGCGAUUCUGUGUUCCACAUUCGAAAUUUGUUUUAGUGUAGCCAAGUGUAAAUGACAGUUCAAUAUUGUGUGAACGAGUAAGUGCGUGUAAAAAUGAUGUUUAAUGUGAGGCUCUUAGUUCUGGGUGGUUUACUUCUAUUUAUAAGGCAAGCACAAACAGCGGCAAGUCAUCAUGAUGACGAAAGCAUAUCAGCGGAAUCUUCAGAGUCGUCCACGGAAGUGUCAGUGGUGUCGGUCAGCUCAUCAUCGUCAGCGUCCUCGGAGGAGCUACACGAGGGCUCGGGGGAAGAUCCACCUGAUCCAUCGCCAUCCACACCGACGAAGAAUGAAACUCGAGAAGCUCUUAAAACAGAUGGCAGUGAACAAGAUCCCGUGGUAUUUUUAUCAGAGAAGAACAGCUACAUCCCUGUGAGCAUAAAGCCUCGUUCACCUGCUGCUGAGAAUGCAUGGCGGGAACCGCCGGCGUGGGAGCGCGAAUACCGUCGCCAUAGAACUAAUACCAGCAGAGUACAAUAUAUUGAAGCAGAAUGCCAGGAUGAUUUUAUGAAGAUUAGAGUUGGAUUCAACGGGUCGUUUGCUGGACUGGUGUAUUCAGCAGGUUAUUCCUACGACCCGGAUUGUAUGUACAUCAACGGUACAGGGCGUGACUACUACGAGUUCUACAUCCAAUUAAAUAGAUGCGGCACGUUGGGCAGAAACAGCCAACACGAUGAUAACAGGAAACAUCCUACUAAAAACCUGAUGUGGAACACAAUCACGGUACAGUACAAUCCAUUAAUUGAGGAGGAGCAGGAUGAGCACUUCAAGGUCACCUGCGAGUAUGGAUACGACUUUUGGAAAACUGUCACCUUUCCUUUUCUCGACGUUGAGGUAGCAACGGGUAAUCCAGUGGUAUUCACACUGCAGCCGCCUGAGUGCUAUAUGGAGAUCCGGUCCGGGUACGGCGCUACCGGCGCCAGGGUUUCAGGUCCGGUGCGAGUUGGCGAUCCUCUUACCCUGCUUAUCUAUAUGAGGAGUGCUUAUGACGGGUUCGAUAUAGUGGUGAACGACUGUUUCGCCCAUAACGGUGCCACAAAGCGGAUUCAGCUUAUAGACGAAUAUGGGUGCCCAGUGGAUGAUAAACUUAUAUCACGAUUCCGCGGCUCGUGGUCGGAAUCCGGCGUGUUCGAGACGCAGGUGUAUGCGUACAUGAAAACGUUCCGGUUCACCGGCUCACCAGCCCUCUACAUAGAGUGUGAUGUGCGGAUGUGUCAUGGAAGGUGUCCUUCGCAGCCGUGCCACUGGCGCAACAUGAAGAGCGUGCGGCGGCGGUCGGUGGAGGCGGCGCGGCCCGCCAGCGUGGCGCCGCGCCUCUCCGAGAACAUCUCGCUGUUCCAGUCGCUGCGCGUGCUGCACGAGGGCGAGGAGGACGCGCAGUUCUCAUCUAACACGAGCGUGUCGGCGGAGGGGCAGACGUGCGUGCGGACGUCGGUGGUGUCGGCGCUGGCGGUGUCGUGCGGCGCGCUGCUGGCGGCGCUCGGCGGCGCGCUGCUCGCGGCCGCGCGCGCGCUGCGCCGCCACCGCCGCGCCGCCGCCGCCGCCGCCGCCGCGCCGCUGCACGCCUACGUGCCGCACAAGGGACGGAUCAAGUAA